AUGUUAAAUAAGGAGCACGAGGCACGAGCGGACACAGACACCGCCGCUCGUCGAACACAACGAGGUAUCGUCGAAACGAAAACAACAAACAGGAGAAACCGAUCCGGAGCUCCGACGAACGCGAUCGAGCCCGACGCCCAGACGAGCCCCGAGAGAGAGCAGACGACAACAAAGAGCAUGCUAUAUACGUGUCCGUGCACCGAACCAACCACGGCGAACGCAAAGGCGAACGGGAAACACGAGCCCGCGCGGGCAAGCGCGGCGUAUAUACAGUACGUACCGCGUAGGUAUCGCUCGGCAGCGUAUCGUAUAUUGGCGAGGGCGAAUUCUCGACAGUCGCUCGCACAAAGGCAAGAAGUAAAGCGAAAACAAAAAAAAACGGAGAAGUUCAAAAGGCAUAAAGAAAUCGAGAAACCGGAACAUCACAACGAAACGAAAAGGGAUGACGGGGAACGGAACGAGGGGAAACACCGAAGCCGGCGGGGACUCCUGCAAGCUGCGCUGCUUGAGCCCCGGGAAUUAGAAGCACAUAAAAGGCCUAUGUGUGUAUGUAUGUAUGUACGAACGUAUGCAUGAGUAGGAAGGAUAUGAACAAACGUUGGCCGAGUCGAUAC